UUAAAGAGAGGUGACGGAAAAACCCGAGACGCAAAACAUGAGCAGCCGAGACUGAGGGCUUUAUUCUGAGACUGAGAGCCGAGCAGGGAGCAUCGCCAAUAUCCCUAAUAUCCACAUAUGCUGGAGCAGGAGUCGAGCUGUUAGUGAUCCUAAGUAGAUAAACACACUGUAAACCCCAGAUUCGCUGCAGCAAGCACGGGGAAGAUGAUUCAUACGGUUUCUUUCCAACUGACGUUGAUUCUCAUCUUUUCCUCACAGACAGAAGGGGAUCAUGAGACAAAGCAACUUGAGAUCACUGCAGGUCAUGUGUUUCCACUCGAGUGUGAGCAGCUUCUCCCAGAGGACACUGAAGUGAGCUGGAGUUGGGGGCAGAAGCAGAACUCUGAUGAGGACGGUCUUCCUGCAGGAAUGAAGCUUCGAAAUCACUUGCUGUGGUUCUUUCCUGCACAACCCUCACACAGUGGAAACUACUCUUGUAAUUUCAGGCGCAAGGGGAGAAAAGAAGAAAAAGUUGUCAACUUUGUCAUUUCUGUAGCCAAUAGGACUUGUCCCUCAGUGAAACCCUUCCCAAUCCACCUAACCAAGGGCAUUAAUCAGCUCCUCAACUGUAACUCUGGCCACAUAAGCAAAAUCCUCAGUUUAGGUGCUGAUUUUCAUGUGACCUGGAUGAAGGACUGCAGCCCUCUUCCUUCAAAAGGGAUCAUUCUUCAAUUGUUGAGUGUUAAAGAAAGUUACAGAGGAGAGUAUACCUGCUUAUUGAAUUUUACCCAUGAAGGAAAUUCGUACACCGCUGCCCAGACCCUGACAGUGUCCGUCAUUUCUGGUUCAGUUCCACAGAAGCCCAGAAUGGUCAAACCACAUCAACAGGAAACGCAUACUGUUAAAGUUGGUAUAAGACAUGAGUUGAACUGCAGAGUGUUUGUUGGAACUGGUGAAGAUAAUUCAGAACCUACCAUGAUUUUUUGGAUGGUGAACGGUAGUUAUGCUGAUGAUAUCUCAGAACACAUUGUUACUGGUGAAGUCAGCUGUAACUCAGUGGACAACACAAAGUACUGCGAAAGUACUCUUACCAUUUUGGAAGUUCAGACAAAAUUUCUGCACAUCCCUUUUACGUGUUAUAUCUUAAACUCCAAAGGUACAAGCAAUGGCACAGUGACACUUGUCCCAUCAAGUCAGAGUGAGCUGUAUUGCGGGGUGGCGCUGCUUGUUGCUUAUACAGUAGUCGUACUGGGUUUGCUGGCGUUCCAUUUCUUCAAGGUUGACCUGGUUCUAGCUUACAGAAAGCUGAGCCCGUGUUUAAAAACACCGAGUGAUGGGAAGCUUUAUGAUGCCUAUGUCAGCUAUCUCCAUAGCAGUGAUCAGAGCAUAUCUUCUGCAACAGCCUUUGCCUUGCAUGUCCUGCCGGAGGUGCUAGAGGAUCAUCUAGGUUACAAACUGUUCAUCAGUGGUCGGGAUGAUCUACCAGGAGCAGCGGUCCCUGACGUCAUUGCUGCAACAGUUGGCAAAAGCCGGCGGUUAAUCAUCAUUCUUACAUCUCAGGCCUUCACCAAGCCUACAAACAGUGCUACAGUGGGACUUCUGCAGGAAAUGUCUGCUGAACAUGUGAGCAUAAACAAUAACAAAACAGCAAUUCAUCCUGCUGUCUUCUGCCCAGCUCAAAUGUAUGGCUCAAGAUGGGGUCCGUAUGAGUGGUGGGUGGGCCUGUAUGAUGCCCUGGUUAAAGAGGGCCUGCAGGUCAUCCUGGUCCAGGUGGGAGCAAAGGUGGACGAAGCCCAGCUGCCAGAGUCACUGCGCUACAUCUGCUGCACUCAGGGUGUCCUGCACUGGAAGCAAGACUACUCCACCAAGCCUAAUGCAAAAUUCUGGAAGCAGCUGCGUUACCGCAUGCCACUAGCGCAGAAGGCCAAACUGGGUUCUGUAGUCUAAAGCAGUCUGGUGUGGUCAUAUGUGCUAGUAGGAAUAGCUACACCUGUGAUAUAUACAUGAAAAUCAUGCAAACUCUUAUUUAAUUCAAACAUGCACAAUUUCAGAACGAUGCUCCAAACAGCUCUUCAGUUAAGUGAUACAUUGAGUAUUGAGUUUUUUUUAAUUCUGAUGCUAUUUUAACAUGAUAUAGCGUGAAAUAGUGAUUGCAGAAGUUUAUUAUUCAUAAGUUUAACAGAAAUGUAUAAAUGCUAUAUUUAAAACAAGCAUAAACAAUUUAACACCAAUAUUACAUAUAAAAGAUUCGCAGUACGUCCUCCAAUUUUUUAACCUGUUGUAGAGAUUUAACGAGAAACUAGUUAAAAUGAACUAAAAUAUUCUUCUGUGUUUACAGUUAAAAGUUGAGCUCAGUUCAGUCAUUCUGUAAGCAGUGAAUGUCAGUAUUUAAGACAUGAUUUUUUUGAAGUUUAGUUCAGUGUUAUGAUGAGUUGGCAUGGCAACAACUUUAUUAUGAAUAUUAGAGUAUUAAUGCACAUGAAAAUAUGGCCAGUAACACUUUCAUGAAAGAUUCUAUGAAUUGCUAUGAAUUAGUCCUUUAUGAGAGAAUGUUUUUAGAACAACUAGCUUGCUAAUCACAGCUGCACAAAUGAAGAUGUAGGAACUCCUACUGAACAUGGAAUGAUGUGCAGCCUUGAUUAAUGUUAAGUGUCAGAUACAUGGUCUGUUUAGCUUGUGGUCCAUGAAUGUGCCAACAUGUCAGAUUUGAUGUUUCUAUAUAUGUUUUUCUAUCUUUGCAAUAAUACAGCACAGAAAUAUGGUAAUUUCCUGAAUCUGUAGGGCCUGCCAUUUCGAUUCCAUCUUAUUGCAAGAUCAUACAUGACUCACAUCUAUAGUUAUGAGGCUAUAAAGACAGGUUAAGAAAUAGUGUGCAAAAAGUUUACAGCUGCUAAAUUUGCUGCAGCAGUUUUGGAAAGUAGCGACGAAGGUAACAAAGCAUUUUGACAUGGAACAAAUGGGUAUCAUGUUAUAUGCAAGUGUCUUUAAAGGUGAAUUUAAGAAGAUCAGCAAAAAUCAAGAAAUUGCCUUUUAGACCCCAGAGGGCUAACCGAAUAUGUAUUAUUAGUGCUUAAAUUAGCUUCACACCAAAUGUACACUGCAAAGGACAAAGUAUUACUGACUUGAGUGCUAUUCGGACUGUAUUAGUUUUCAUGAGGAGGAGGGAUAAAGUCAUUUUACUGCAGAACAUUUGUAAUGAUAAUGACUGAUUCACGUGGAAUAAGAUAUCUUGGUAAGAAAUGGGAGGGGUGACUCGAUUCACAACAAUUAAAGUGCAACUUUGUUCACCCUGACCAUCUGCUUAUCUGAUUUAAGCAAAUGAAGUGUGGCUUUGGCUUGAAACAGACAAUAACCAACAUUACCACAUAAAAUCUUUUUUUCUCUCCAUUUACCUGUUGGUUUGAAAAUCAUACACUUUUCGCGUUGAUAUGGAUUUGGGUGCCAUUAAUAUAAUCUGGCAUUAUUUCUAAGGACUUUUGUAGCAAGUAGGAAAAUCUUUACUGAUUCAGGAGCACAUAAAAUGAAUGUAAAAAAUGUAAAAAUGACCAACAUUGAGGAUUAGGAUGAGACUAAAAUCACUGAGCAAUUACAUUACCCCACCUUCCCAUGCACAACUAAAAACAUUCCAAUAGUAAUUUAGCUAGCCACAAAAGAAUAUCCUCAAAGCGGAAUGUGUAACAGUGUAACAGGUACAGCUAAUUGUCGGUAACACAUGUUGAGUAACAAGUGUAUGUGAUCCCGUAAGUCUGUGCAUCUCAACACUGGAUGAGGUAAAACCUCACUGUUACACUUAUUUAAAAUGUAUCACUUCUUUAAACUAUUUAUAACAUAAUUGCGUGUUUACAUAUCAAUAUAUUAAACAUUUGAUUGAACAGCAGAACAGUGGACCCGCAGUCUAGCCAGCUAGUUUAUUGUGUGUGCUUGUAAACCGCAGUUCAGCAUUGUGAGCUCUGCUACAUCAGAAGUGAAUCUAAAAGUGGGCUCAUUUAAAUGUAAAUGCUUUACCAUUUACAGUUUUUAUGUGCUUGACUGGUUGGUUGUUAUUUAUUUAUUUUGUUUUUAAAUUUGAGCUUUUGUGUAUAUUUGUUCAUGUAAUUUAUGUGGCCCUGUUACAAAUGAGUCUUCUUGCUUAAAUAAAGGCUGCUAUUGAAAGAGUAGAUUUGUGAGUCAGGGCUGUGUAAUAACCAUAUUUACAUUAACAAGCUUAUUUAAAUAUGCAUGUAUAUUAACUUUGGUUUUUACUCAUAUAAUUGCACAGGUCUU